AUGGCACAUGCUCGUAUAUCAGCCAACCUCCCCCCUAAUAUAGAUCCUACAAAAGCUCCUAUUGCAUUUGGAAGGAGGGCCCUUCCUAAACUGAAUGAGGAGUUACAGUCUCCUGAGCUGCUGACUCAGCAGCGGGCAUUGAUGGCUCUCUGUGAUCUGGUCCAUGACCCACAAAAUGUCUACCAGGCACUAGAAUUAGGCAUUUUGGAUAACCUGAAGACUUUGCUGGUACAUCAGGACAGUACUGUCCGACAAAAAACAACAGAAAUCCUCCAUAUAAUGACAAUGCAUAAUGUUGGGAGGCAUGGGCUGAUACAAAAUGGAAUGAUUUCUGCCCUCGCUGAGCUCUUGAAUGAUCCAGUAGAUACCUGUCGGAAGAACACGCAUCUCGUUUUUGAAUAUAUGUCAAAAUUAACUGAAGGUGCUGUUGGCAUACUGCAUGCCGGUUUGAUUCCCCUACUUGUAUCCAAACUGAAGAAUGAGUUGGAAGAAAUCCAGGAGCUAAUCCUUGGUACACUCUCCAACUGUCUGCGCGUGGAGGCUUCUGAAGCUCUAGCAGCUGAUGCCGUCAUUGUCCUGAAGGAAAAGCUCACACACUCAUCAGUGGCCACCAGAAGCAAAGCAGCUUGGGUCCUCUUAGCUAUCAGUACUCAUCCAGAAGGAAAAAAUGAGGUGUGUGAAGAAGUUAUUCCUGUGCUGGUGAGCCUGCUUGAAGAUGCAGAUCCUGAAGUCCAAGCCAGUGCAACAGGAGCAUUGAUGUUUGCUACUCUCAAACCUCAGGGGCGAUUUUCAGCCCUAGAUGCUGGAGCCAUCCCACCUUUGCUGAAGUUGGCUGCUGAGGAAGGUGGCAAAGCCCGGCUGAGUGCCAUCAAAGCCCUCACCAUACUGGCUGAGCUACCAAAGGGCCGUGAGACUCUCCUCAACCAUUUAGAUACAUUUCAGCAGUGUCUGAAGGAUCCAAGCAAGGCAGUGAAGAGAGCUGCCAAAACUGCCAUCAGUGUCAUCCAGUGGAAACCUUACUGA